GAGGGGCGGGCUGAAGACGCUCCGCACGAGGAAAUAGGUUAUAAAUUGCACAGGCUUGUAUUGUUAUUGUCUGUGCUGUUAAGUGUCGAGUGCUGGGUUGAAAAAAUGUACGAGCCCGUGGUCCUCCUCUCGCUCCUGGUGUUGAUCCCUCUUGCUGCAGAUGCGCUGGACAAUGGACUGGCACUAAAACCCACAAUGGGCUGGCUGCACUGGGAGCGGUUCAUGUGUAAUAUCGACUGUGACAAGGACCCCAAUAACUGCAUCAGUGAGAGUCUGUACAUGCAGAUGGCAGACGUGAUGGUGAAGGAGGGCUGGAAGGAGGCCGGUUACGAGUACGUGUGCAUCGAUGACUGCUGGCCCUCCCACCAGCGCGAUGCCAAGGGCCGCCUGCAGGCAGACCCCAAAAGAUUCCCGGGCGGCAUUAAGAAACUGGCUGACUAUGUUCAUUCUAAGGGACUUAAGCUGGGCAUUUAUGCAGAUGUGGGGAAAAACACCUGUGCUGGAUACCCAGGCAGUCUGGGUUACUACGAGACAGAUGCACAGACGUUUGCUGACUGGGGUGUGGAUCUGCUCAAGUUUGACGGCUGUAACAUGGACUGGAAACUUCUGGGAGAAGGUUACGUGAACAUGUCAAAAGCACUGAACCAAACUGGAGCAAGCAUCCUGUACUCCUGUGAGUGGCCUUUGUAUGAGUGGCAAUUCAGACAGCCCAACUACACAGCCAUCCGCGAGACGUGUAACCACUGGCGUAAUUAUGCUGACGUGUACGACUCGUGGAACUCGGUCAAGUCCAUCUUGGACUGGACUGCUUCUCAUCAAGACAUCAUUGGCCCCUCGGCCGGACCUGGGGGCUGGAACGACCCUGAUAUGCUCGUGAUUGGGAACUUUGGCCUGAGUCAUGACCAGCAGGAGUCUCAGAUGGCAUUAUGGGCCAUCAUGGCAGCCCCUCUACUCAUGUCUAAUGAUCUGAGGGACAUCUGUCCUCGCUCCAAGGACCUGCUGCAGAACAGACGCAUCAUAGCCAUCAGCCAGGAUCCACUAGGCAGACAGGGAUACCGCACUGCCAAGGUGGAUAGCUUUGAAGUGUGGGAGAGGCCUCUGUAUAAGAACCAACUGGCUAUCGCUGUGCUGAACAAACAGGAGAUCGGGGGUCCAAGAGGGUUUUCCAUCAGUGUGGCUCCUGGCUGGAAGAUCUGCAGCCCUCAGUGUAAUGUCACACAGAUCCUGCCUCAGUUCAAGGAGAUAGGUGUUCAGACCCUAAAUAGCAAAGUGGUUGUAUCCGUCAACCCUUCAGGGACCGCUCUACUGACUGUCACUCCCAUCAACAGAGUGCUAACAGGCUCUCACAAGCUGCACUGGCAGGACACACCAGUCAAACACAACAUGCCAUUUCUGAAAUGAGUCCAUUUUGAAAGUCAAAGUUGGGCUUCUUUUACAACAAUAUUUCUUGAUUUAAAAGAAAAAGGGAAACUAUUUGAUUGACCACAGAAACUGCUUCAAUCAGGUUGUUACCAUGGUGAUUACAGAACACAUCCUGUCUUGGUUAUCAUGAACUACUUACAGUGUUUUGCACUCAUGCUGUGAAUAAAUGCAGAUAGACUAAAAAUGCUUCAAUUGAUAUGCAUCACAUCCUACAGUUUGUAAAAUGUGGGAAAAGAAGGGCUGAACUCCAAAGUGUGUUUUGAUACAUUUAUUGGAAAUAAUGAAACUUCCUCCAGAAAACUGAGCAGUUUAGAACUGGAUGACCUGGCCCUGUAGGACAAGAAAAACAAAUAUGUGGUUAAAAGGAUGCACAGGUAAGAGUUAUACUUGUUUAACUCAAUGAUAAAUGGCUUUUCUAAAUGCUACUGGAAAUGAAUUCAUGACUGAGAAUAAUUAUGCUGAGGUGUAUUUAAAUAAAUACUUUUUUAAAUAAUA